UGUCUUGCCCACCGCUGGCCUCAGGCCAACUUUAAGCGCUCCGGCGCAAACUGGUUAUUAUCGUGUGCUAGAAGCACCACAUAAACAUUACUUGUGUUUCAUCAUUUCGGAAGCUCUGCGCUUCCCCGAACAGCAGUGGUACCACUACCCCACUGAUAUUCAGCCGAAUGGAGAACCAAGUACUUCAGCAAGUCCUCGUGGACGGCGAGUAUGUCUCCAGGCCCGUGGACGUGUAUCAGCUACUGGCACGAGCACAACGACAGACAGACGUUGAGAUGCAAGAACCUGAGGCCAGGCCCCAACCCGAGAUUCCUCAAGUUGGCCUGAUGUCCAGGACGCUCUUUCCGAGUACUCUUGUCAAGUUCAUCCUUUCCGCAAGCAUUCGAAAGGGGCAACGGAACGACGUAGUAUUCGUUGGGGAGAAUUCAGUACAUCUAUACGAGAUUCACGACCAUGGACAUCUUCAUCAUAUCGCUUCCAAGUCGGACUUCAAGGGUAGUAUCCUGGCUGCGAGGAGGUUUGGUGCCCCUGUGAAAACAGCGGUGUCUCCAAGGCAGGGAAUGUCAAUCAAGAAGACCGACACCCAGGAUCGACAAGAGUCUACAAGAUCAGAUCAUGCCGAUGCCAUGCCACCAGAGGCCAUUAUCUUGACUUUAACUUCACGGAGACUUGUACUACUUUGGACAGAACAGAACGCCGCGGGUGAGACUGUAUUUCGUCAAAAGUUCGUCCGUCUGCCAGCUGGAUCCUCGAUGCACGACACUCCGGGAGCAUUCCUGGCAGUUGAUCCGAAAUGUCGAGCCAUCGCGGUUUCUACACCGGAGGGCCAAUGUACCUUGUACAAAACCGCGCCGCUAGACAAAUGGAAGGGAUAUCCUCAUUCAACACGCGAGAUGACUCCUAUUGAGGAUGAGCGUCAUCUCUCGUUGCAAGCUCGAGUUUUGCACAUGGAUUUCCUAUCGGCUUCGAGCGAUCCGGAUGAUGUCCAUGUAAUACUUGUUUUCGUUCUUGCACACAAUGGAAAAACUAAGAUAACCUGCUAUGACUGGGACACUCGGUACGAUGUCAGCACGGCUGCCAUUCGGGCGGAGCGAGUAUCAGUAGAUUAUGAGGACCAUAACCCCGCCUUACUCAUUCCUGCAACUCGGACCCCAGACUUUCUCCUCGUAUCCAACAGCCACAUAGCCACAUACACAAACGUUCUGUCGGGGACGCCACAGCGUUACGUUACACCCAUUAGUCCUGAAAUCCUUCGUCCCCUUUUCCCUGGAGAGAGCAAAAACCAACCGCUAUGGGUACAGUGGCAGAGAGUAGCCCGCAAUGAUGAUUUCUCGAGGGAAGUGUUUUAUAUUGCAAGGGAAGACGGUCGACUCAUAUAUACCGAGUUGAUGAGAACAAAUUUGAUAGAGAUCAGCGAUGCGGGGGAGUGGUCUCAUCCAUUAGACAGAGGCUUUGCAACGCUUAAUGUCGACGCUGGCAGUCUCACGUCACGUAAUGCCGAUGUCCUAAUAGCUUCUGGGCCGACAAGUGAUGGGUCACUGCAAAAGGUUGGCGGCUCGGACCCUCGUAAUACACGUCCCAGCUUCACGCCUCACUUCGUUGAAUCCAUCCCCUCAUGGACCCCUAUCACAGACCUGAUGGUCACUCGACUUCCCGGCUUACGCUCACCCUUUGAAAGAGAGCGCGACAGCAUAUUUGUAGCCAACGGGCGCUCGCAGCACGGAGCCGUUUCGGAGCUUCGGAAGGGCCUUCGAGCUAUUGUCUACGAUCAUUCACAGGGGAUGACAGGCGUUACCGGGUUGUGGCUAUUGGACCAUCGGCGUGAGAAAGUCGAAUACGGUGGCAAGGAAGUCUACCAGCAUCACGCCAGCUUUGUCUUUUCACUACCACCUGAAAGCAUGACCUUCUGCGUGACUCGAGAGGGAGACUUUUGGGAGGUCCACCAGUUUUCUACCGAGUACGAGCCAGGCCAGAGUGGAGUUUCGGGGCAAGAGACGAUAUCAGCAGGUAUCGUGUCCGAGCAGCUCGCAAUCCAGAUCACGCGGCGACAAUUACUCCUGUUAGAUCGUCCGAACCUCACAUGUGUACGGACACUCGCGAUUUCAGAGCUGGCACAGAACUCAGGGUCUCGUAUCUCAGAUAUAACGCUUGCCGCUGUUGCCUCAACCCCCUCACCUCAUGUAGCUAUAUCCUUCCGCGAAGGAUCUUCUGUUACUCUAGUAGUGAUACCUAUUGGGCAGGAUGGAACGUUCGGAUCCCCGAUCAGGCAGAAUCUGGCUGCUGAUCCCACCUGCCUGAAAUUCUUCGACAUCAACAACGCGCUACACGUCUUUGUCGGCAGCGUAGACCUGAAGCUAAAUUUGUACAUAAUUCACGAAAAAGCGUUAUACCCGGUUCUUUCAGUGGAGCCUUCUAAUCAGGUAUCUGCACCUUCAUUAUCGCACAUGCCGAUGGUCUGCGAGAGCGCGGUUUUCCUCACUUCGGAGGCACAAAGUACGAUUGUCUGCGGCAUGCGUAACGGCAUUUUGCUUUCCAUUUCAAUAGAAUCUAUACUUCGAUCUGGGCGGUACGAGACUCAAGAUCUCUCUCUUAUUCGAAUGGGCACAGCUGCCGUGAUUGUCACGCCCAGCGGGACAGAUAAGUUGUGCGCUUUUGCGUCGUGCGGGGUCGACUUCUGCCGUGUUAGCCUUCCAUCAUCGUCUAGAAAGUUGGACAUUAGUUCCGUCUGGUUCAGACAAAACAGCGACGAGCAAUUCCAUCAGGGUCCGGUCUCGGCUUUCGAUCAAGUACCCUUUUAUCAACAAAGCGUCGACGGAAAUGGCAUUGGAGGGUUCAUGUUCGCCGUUUCUGGUGAUCGAUUACUUUACGCUCGGCUGGAUUACGAUACUGUUCGUUCAACCCAAAGUUCCCACUCGAUACUUGGUUUGGAGCAAUCGAAAACAGUCCCAAUGAGAACGGCUACCACAGCAACGCCUACAAAGGUAGUUUACACCGAAAACAAGCGCAAGCUUGUUGUUGCUACCACCGAAAUGAAAGAGAUACGUGCGCCACCAAAUGGAUAUCGAACAAUGCACUCAACUCUUAAAUUGAUGAAUGUUGCUGAUAACCCUGUCAUCAAAGAAGAACCUAAAGGGAAAGAAGGCAUAAAACAAGAGGCCAAGGAUGAGGAGGAGGAGGCGAUCGUCAGCAACAUUUGCUCUCAGAUUACCCUUCAAAAUUACGAGAGGGUGUACACUAUUCUAGAUUGGAUCGUUCAAGACUCCAGAGAUAGACCUCACCACUUCCUCUACGUUGGAACUGGGGUAAUGAAAGGCCCAGGGCGCGAAAUUGGACGCCGGUUGUUCUUUCAAAUCAGCAAGGAUGAUAACAAGUUCAAACUGAAGAAGGAGAAGACGUACAAUUCGCCUGUGCGGUGUCUUGCACUCAUGCAUGUGAAAGAUCGUGCAGAUCUUAUCACGGUUGUUGGCACUACGAUGAUGCUGGAGGAGUUCGAGAUUGAGAAUUCACGAUGGGCAAAACGUGCAGAGAUAGAACUGCCAUCGGCUGGAAUCCACGUCUCCGUUUCCAAUUCUCACAUCUACGUAUCCACGGCCCUACAUUCCCACAUCUGCUUUGCAGUCGUAUCAUCUCAAGGCUGUGUUCUCCCUCUUGCCUUCGAGAAGGUCUUCUCAGACAGCCGCCAGAGAGACGCUGCACAUCACUUACAGAUGGACCUCAACCUAUCACCUCUCCCAGCGCACCCAACCGACCCAGAGCAAUCCCAACCUUCCCCCGACCCCAACAGCAUCGUCCUCGUCUCCGACAAGAAAUGCAGCGUCGCCGGGCUCCUCUACCCAACCCACCGCACCUUCAAGAACUCCACCACAACCCUCUUCGAAGCCCGUCUCCCGCGAAGCAUAACGCGGCUCGCCCGCGGCGCCAUCCGCCCACCCUGGCGCCGUCCCUUCACCCCCACAAGCACCGCCACCCAACAAAUCACCGGCAUAAUCGCCGACGACAUCAUCGGCACCUCCUCCGACGGCACCGCAACCACCUUCUCCAUCCUCACCCCGCAAGCCCUCAAACUCCUCCGCUUCCUCCAGAACAUCAUCACCAACAAGGAGGCCCGCGUCUACGACGCUUCGCACAUCACCACCCGCCCCAACGGCAGCGCACACAUGUUCGCCAUGCUCAUGAACAACGCAGAGGGCGACCAGUCUGACGACGGCAAGAUCAUCAAGAAGCGGGACGUCGAUCCCGACGUCGGGAGGUGGAAUCCCAGUCUCGCGCACGUGGACGCUGAUGUCCUUGAAAGGGGUUUGGGAGAUGAUGUCAGGGGUGGACUGAGGACGCUGGUGCGAGAGGGCACGGAUCAUGAGGUGUGGGUUCUGUUCUGUGAGUUAGCGCGCGAACUGGGCGUCGUGGGGGCUUCGGGUGACGGGGAUGUCAGUAUGGGUGAUGAGGAUGGGGAGGAGGAUAUGGUGGUUGAAGGGGUGGGAAGGUGGUUGGAUGAUGUUCUUAUGCCUGUUCUUUAGACUGAAUGCUUUUUUGU